UUGGACGAAUAAUUUCUCGCAGAUUACACGACGAGAUUAUCACGUCCGGCACCCAUCGAAUUAAUCUACGUGCGAUGCUAUGCCUCUCCUGCAAAUGGUGUCCUCGUAGAGAAUGGAGUUCGCCGCCUGACGCGCAACGUGCGGCGAGCGACGCGCGUCGUGGUGUCCUUUAUUCCUCCGUCUUCCUCGGCAGUCCCGGUGACGCGAGUAACGCGAGUAUCGGUAGCGGCGAGGGUACGGGCGAGGAAGACGACGAUUCGACGGGCAAGAAAAACCAAAAGAAACGGGGUAUCUUUCCUAAAGUUGCGACGAACAUCCUCAGGGCGUGGCUCUUUCAACAUCUCACGCAUCCAUACCCUUCGGAAGACCAGAAAAAACAGUUGGCGCAGGACACGGGGUUGACGAUCCUUCAAGUUAACAACUGGUUUAUCAAUGCGAGGCGUAGAAUCGUUCAACCCAUGAUUGACCAGAGUAACCGAGCUGUGUUUCCACCAUUGUCUGCAGGACCGAGCGGGGCAUACAGUCCGGACGCGACGAUGGGCUACAUGAUGGACGGACAGACGGCCAGCAUGAUGCACCGGCCGCCCGGUGAUCCUACCUUCCAUAAUCAGUACCAUUACCCGGAGUACUAUGGACAUCACAUAUAAAGAAGUACUUGCAAAACGAAACGGACAGGUGGAAUGUUCAGUUCUAGUGACGUGAGAAGCGUGAUAGGCCUACCUACCGCGUUCCGGUUAGCGUAGGCCAGAAUCAGAGGACAAUGAUGAUCAAUUGAUCGCUAGAAUCAUUUCUUGUCACGCCGCACGUCGAAAUCCGUGACGCUCGGGUGCUCGGGAAUGAGAGGAGAAGAUACGAGGAAAAGGGAAAGGGGCAAAGGAGCGAAGUUCCCGAUUGAAGGAGGAAGAAGACGUGGCGGAUGAAACGCCGCGGGACGUCAACGGGAAGAAGAAGAUCGGAGAAUCGGAGAAGGAAGAAAGACGGUUAUGCGAGAUCGAGUGAAGCAGUUGCGAAAGCGGCGACGCGGAAGGACACGGGGAGGAUGAAGCCGCAGCUUGGUCUGGAGAAUGACGCGGUGAAAUUCAUGUGAUUGUUCUUUGUACAAAUAUCGCGGUGUAAUAUUGUAGUGAUUGAAGAAUUUAAAUGUUAAAUUUUAAUACGGUCGCGAUCGAGAUAUAUUAAUAAAAUAUAAGUGAUAUAUAGGCAAUUUAGCGGGCAUGUACAUUAAUUAAAAAGAGCUAAACCCCCCGGUGCUCGCACGGAAUAGGGAGUAUGUUCAAGUGCACAGACGAUGCAAGGGAAGUAUAAAAAGAAAGAAAGAGUUAUACCAAGAAAAAAGAGUGGAUGUGUGUAUGUAUAUAUAUAUAUAUAUAUAUGUA